AAAAGACCGAUGCAAUAAUGUCCGACUCCGACAACAACCAAAUCCGAAUCGGACUCUUAAGCUGCAUCAACAUCGUCCGUAAACUCUCUCGAGCCAUAAACCUUUCUCCAAACGCUACUAUCUCCGCCAUAGCCACCACCAGCUCCAUCGAAGAAGCUAAAUCUUUUACUGCAUCUAACAAUUUCCCUAUAAACACAAAGAUCUAUGGCUCUUACGAGUCGCUUCUACAAGAUCCUGAUGUAGACGCCGUCUAUUUACCUAUUCCGGCUAGUCUCCACGUUGAGUGGGCUGUAAGAGCCGCGAGGCAAGGUAAGCAUAUACUUCUUGAUAAGCCUGUUGCUUUGAACGUAUCUGAGUUUGAUCAGAUCGUGGAAGCUUGUGAGUUUUAUGGAGUUCAGUUUAUGGAUGGGACUCAGUGGAUGCAUAAUCCUAGAACUGCUAAGAUCAUAGACUUUGUGAAGGAUUUUGAGAUUAGAACUGUGAAUAGUUGUUUCUCAUUUGCAGCAAGUGAGAGUUUCUUAAAGAAUGAUAUUCGUGUGAAGCCUGGUCUUGAUGGGCUUGGAGCUCUUGGUGAUGCUGGAUGGUACACAAUCCAAGCAGUUCUUGUAGCCAACAACUUCAAACUUCCGAAAACCGUCACUGCAUUGCCCGGUUCUGUCUUAAACGAUGCGGGAAUCGUUCUUUCUUGUGGUGCAUUGUUCGAUUGGGAAGAAGGGAUUACAGCGACGAUUUAUUGUUCUUUCUUGGCAAAUCUAACGAUGGAGAUAACCGCAAUUGGUAAGAAAGGUACUGUCAAUGUUCGCGACUUUGUUAUACCGUAUAGGGAAACCGAUGCUGCGUUUAUAACAAGCACUAGAGGUUGUCUUAGUGAACACAAAGUCAUGACCGAGCUUCCACAAGAGACGUGUAUGGUGAUAGAGUUUGCACGGUUGGUUGGAGAAAUCAAAAACAGAGGAGCUAAACCUGAUGGGUUUUGGCUCAGCUUUAGCCGGAAGGUGCAGCUGCUUGUUGAUGCCGUGAAAGAAUCGAUUGAUAAUAACCUUGAGCCGGUUUUGCUCUCUGGACGGUGAAGAAAGAGCCUCAGAGAUCAUGAUACAACCAAUGCUUAGCUUAGUUACUUUGUUAGGUUUCUGUUUGCCCUUUCAAUGAUCUCAAUUCUCUAGCAAGAUCACCAAAGCAGCUAGUGAAAAGUUAGUUGUUAUCAAGUGAAAUGGUAACAUUAGCCAUGUUUUCAUUCAUAUGUAUAAAACCACCAGAUAAAGCGUCAUAACAUUCAUACUCAUUUGGUCUUUGUUAUUGAGUUGUGUCUCUCUGUCCUUAAGCUAAGAAAAUGUCAAAUUGACCAAGUUGGUUUAAAGGUCGGUU